AUGGAUGCCACCGCCACAUCGCUGCUGCAUCCGCAGCCGGGGGACACAAAGGAAAGCCUGACGACAAGGUUCCGACACCUGGCUUCACGCCUGCACCCGGACAAAAACCCGUCCCCGACGGCGCACUUGCUCUUCAUUCGCCUGAAAGACGAGUAUGAGGAUGCUGUGCAGAAUGCUCCUUCAUCGGCCUUGCAGCGACGGCUCAUGGAGUUGGAUGCGAAGCGACAGGCGCCGGUGCGCAAAAAGAAAGGCUGGUCCAUCAACAAGCCGAAGAACAAAAAGCAGGCACCUUGCAAACUUCUGGCCAUCGAAGAUGUCAAGCAGGCGGUGUCGGAGCCCGAGAAGGUACAUCGCCAGGCAGCUGCAGAGUUGCAGACUGGUACGGUCAAAGGAGCCAGAAACAGAAAGGAGAAGCAUGCACGGUGGGAGCAGUCGCUGAUCUCGCGGAAGCAAGCCCGGGAGUUCCUCGAGCGCUCCGCUCGUGAACAGAGGGCAGCAGGAAGGCAUGAGGACAAGGCGAAAAUUUGGUCCAGAAUGAAGCAGAGGGGCGGGAGGAACGACUUCGGUUAUGAGGCAUGCCCGUGCUCGACGGAAGUCCCCGAAGAGAUGCGCCAUCGAUUCGCUGGAAACGUCGAGGAGGUCAGUGCGGAUACGGACUCCAGCGAGGAGGCCGAAGGCGGCAAAGAGGCCGCCCCUUCUGCGCCUUCCACAAAGAGCGCAGGCUUCGACACCGCGUGGGGGGGCCACGAAGCAGCGCGACGUGCAAAGGCUUCGAAUUGA